GGGAGUUAUUGGGGGGAGGGAGGGAGCCAGAGAGGUUGUGUGUCGGGAAAAGGCAAGGAUCAGCUCACACUGCUGAUAAUAUUCCCUGGGUCAAGUCAUGGAACAUGACGUUGAUGGGCUGGAGAAAUCAUCGUCUCUGGCCAGCUGUGACGUGGUGGUGGACAGCGCCACCAAUACCCAGAAUGCCCCUGGAUCACGGCAGCAGCGAGGCAAGCUGUCGUCGCUGGGAAAACUGUUCAAACCCUGGAAGUGGAGGAAGAAGAAGACCAGCGACAAGUUCCAGGAUCUUUCCAAAGUUCUAGAGAGGAAAAUCUCCACCAGACAAACGAGGGAGGAGCUGAUCAAGAAAGGAGUUCUCAUUCCUGAGCAAGAUGAAAUGAUCAGCAGUGAAAAUCUGAAUGGACAUGCUACAUCUAGUUCGACAUCAGAGGAAGUCAAAGUGGACAUCGAGUCUCCAGAAACGCUGCCGGAGGAACCGGUCGCUCUGCCGGUUAGCACUGAGGACAAAACAGAGACGUGUGAUACUAAACCAACCGCCCGGGCUACUCAGGUGCGGCAUCGGGACGCACAGGCUAAAAAACAGCAAAGUGCCACGCUGCCCUCCUCUUCCAAACCUGCCGGUGGCUCCGCAGCCACGACGAGGCACAAAGAUGGUGCCACAGGGACUAAAAAGACAGCUAAAACCACAGCCAAGACUGGCUCAGCCACACAAACUAAAGCUAACCCUCGGAGUGCAAACACCAUUAGUCGCGGUACUGCCAAAUACUCAAAGAAGACAGGAAACACAACAAAAACCCCAACAUCCACCUCCACUCCCCGUUCUCGUGUGUCUAAGGACGCCGGUGCUGCAGCACAGUCUAAUGGAACCGAUCCAAAGACCAACCGGAAAUCAAAUCCUCCCACCUCUUCCUCUGUACCUCAAAAAGCCUCUGCAGAGACUCCUAGCCAGCCUGGGGAGGUCAAAUCCUCUCCCCUGUCUUCGGACACCAAGCCUCUCUCACCCAAAGCCUCGGGCAAUGAGACAGAGGGAACUCAGGCUGCUUCUAAACCUGGUCUGGAGACUACAUCUGCUCCCGAUGCUUCUACCGCGAGUGAUGAGACCCUCAAAAGUGUGUCUCCUGAAACCACAGUGCAGUCUUCUCAUGUCAACACCGCUACCGAGGACACAUCCUUCACAAAAGGGGAGACGAACAGCAGCUCACAGGAAGAGAAACAGGAGAGGACGGAGGGGGAGGGAGGAGAAGAUGGAAAGAAGAGAGGAGAAGUGGAGAGUGGUAGAGAGAACAGCCCGAGGUUAGCGGAGGGAACAGAAAAGCCGCAGGGCCUCAGCGUGAAUACAGAGCAGGUUGAGGUCACGGUGAUCCCUGAUAGGCCGAGAGACAGCCAAGCUAGUGACUCGGACUCUGAUGGACCAAUCCUGUACCGGGAUGAGGAUGAAGAGGAGGAGGAGGAUGAGUACACAAACAGCUCUCUGGCUAUGAAGAUCCGCCGACGAGACACCCUGAACAUUAAGCUGGGAAACCGACCCAGCAAGAAGGAGCUGGAGGAGAAAAACAUUCUGCCACGAAGCUCCGAGACAGAGAGACACGAGCUACGCCAGCAGAUAGGCUGCAAACUAGUCAGGCGUCUGAGCCAAAGACCCACCACAGAGGAGCUGGAGCAGAGAAACAUCCUCAAGCAAAAGAAUGAAGCAGAGGAGCAAGAAGCCAAGCAAGAGAUUAAAAGGAGGCUCUCCAGAAAGCUGAGUGUGAGGCCUACAGUGGCAGAGCUCGUCGCUCGGAGGAUCCUGCGUUUUAAUGAGUACGUGGAGGUAACGGACGCCAAGGAUUAUGACCGACGGGCGGACAAACCCUGGACACGGCUUACUCCAGCUGACAAGGCUGCUAUCCGUAAGGAGCUGAACGAGUUCAAGAGCCGAGAGAUGGAGGUUCAUGAAGACAGCAAACAGUUCACCAGAUUCCAUCGGCCCUAAAGGCUCUCACUGCCACUUGGACGUCAGCACCACGAGCUCUCCGGUCCACAGCUCCCAGCAGUCUCCUGGCACUCCAGACCCCACAGCUCAGUUCACUUUGCUUUGGAAUCAGCCUUUUUCCCAGCAGAUAUUUUGGCUUGUCGUAGUCUGAUAACCUUAAACGGGGCUGCAUUACAUUUAGUAAAGCCAGUUACAGAGGCUUGUAUGGCUUAGCGGGACGUUUCAUGAAAAUUAAGUCAAAAUGUCUCCUGUGAAAACGUUCUGCCUCCCCUGAUGGUAUGUAUUUAUGUCUGUAACGACAGCUACAGGUGUGUCUUAAGGCACCGGUGAAACAUUUGCACAUAUCUAUAGUCAGAACAGUGGUGUGUAUAGUGCUCUGAUCAGAAACAUUUAUUUAUUGUAGAGUAUCAGAACCAGCUGGUGUUUUUUUUUUUUUUUUUUUUUUUUAAGUUUCUUUAUUUUUCGGUUCACUUCAGGCAUAAUGAGAGGCUGCAGGGAGGCAAAUAUUCCCCCUGUGGUAGCGAAUGUGGCUCAAGUGUACUUUAGAGUUUGUGUAUUUGCCAAGCUAUGCCUAAACUGACAAAUGGCCAUAUAUGGGCAUCUACUUAGGAACAGGAAGUGGGGGUGAUUGGAUGGCCUCAUGGUGAUGUCAGUGCCUAUGUCAUGAUCGGGGGGAGGUUGUUCUGCUCCGAUGUGCCACUCUGAGUCGAAUCGGAAAUAUCGCAGUUCAUUUUUAGACAUGCUUACAGUAUAUUGCCACUAGAGGGCGUUAUAUCACAAGAGUUAUAGGGGAUGAUGAUGGUUGUGGAGAUGAAGAAUUACCCGUAAGUGUUAUAUUUAUAGCUGCUGAGGGAGGCUUUGAUAGUUAAGUGCAAUGGAAAUCACCCCUAUUCCAGCCAGUUCUCCUCCCUCAGCACACCUCUGAUGAUAAGUGAUGAUCAUGUGCUGUCAAAUAUCCUGUGUUGACUUAUUAAGUGCAAACCUCUGAUCACAAAGUGCUCGACCUGCUCUUUAGAGGAUCUCCUCUUUUAAAUUUUUUUUUUAAACUACAGUUAGUCAUUUCAGGCUUUUGGCCGGGGCUCGUCACACAGUGGUGCCAAAGAAAAAGCAGGAAUUUGUACGUUUUCAACCGAAAGCUCACAGUGUUUGCUUUCAUCGGGUGGACUUCUUAUAUAAAUGUUUUUUGAACAGAGAACGGGCAGGGAAAGCUUAAACCACUCGCCUCAUUUUCCAUUUCCUUGAACAUGCUUUUGCAAUUUAGUCAAGGUGUAACCCUAACCCUAACCCUAUAGAGCACAUUUAAAAACAACAAAUGCUGACCAGAGCACUUUAAUCUUUUAGCCUGUCACAGUUGUAUAAGAAGAGGUUUCCUACCUACUUUUACACCUUGCUUUAACGUGCGCCUUGAAUCCAGCGAUGUCAGUUUGUUUUAACCAACUUAAUCUGUUUUGAUUAAAUUGAUUAAAUGUGUAUUUUUUUAACUCUCAGAAAGAUCUUUAUAGGUUCAAAAUCCUGAACUGAGGAUUUCAUUUUAACCCUCUGAAACUCUAAAAGCAUUUUUUCCUCAUGUCACAUUUUUAUUACUCACACUGGGCUCAUUUUUUGUGCAGUAUAAAGUCCUGCACUGCUAUUGAAACAGCUCAACCAUGGCGUUUGUGCAGUAUGACAUAGACACAUUGCCAUGAAUCCUCAAAAAAUAGUUGAAAAUUUCAAAAAACCUCGUAUAAACACAUAGAAGUCAACACGUAAAUUGUGACUCUGCAACUUAGAGAUAUUUUACUACUUAGUUUUUAACAUUUUUUUCCAUUUUGUCUCCUAUCUGCUCUAAGCACAGUCUUCAGUUCAGCCUAAUUUAGCCAACAUUUCUCUGAAUAUUUUGUCAUGAGACUGCUGGUUGAAGUGAAUUACUUCUGGUUCCUCUGUUCUGCUGAGGAAUGCUGAAUUUUUUAGUUUUUUACAGAAACUGCUGAGGAAUGCCGAAUUUUUUUAGUUUUUUACAGAAACUGCUGAGGAAUGCUGAAUUUUGUAGUUUUUUACAGAAACUGCUGAGGAAUUCUGAAUUUUUUAGUUUUUUACAGAAACUGCUUAGAGCAAGGGGUUUAUUUUUGUUUUAAAUAAACGGAUUUUGAUGAAACAUCACAAUUUUAAGCUUAGAUUUUAUUAUUUUUUCAGGCAGAACAACAUGUCACAAAUAAGCAGUUUAAGAAAAGAUGAAAAUCUUUUGUUUCCAUGUGUUUGAACAAUGUCACGCUGUGAUAAAUGCUGUAAUUUUGGCAAUUUUCUUUCAAACCUGCUGGUGCAUUUGGGCUUUCAGAGGGUUAAAUGUGCAGAUACACAUACAUUUAUUGUGUUUGUACGUUUCUAACUUGUUCGCACUGUGCCUGGUUUGGGUUGCUCUUCAUUUUUGGUGCAUUCACAUAUAUUUUGCCUCUGAGUGCUUGUUAAGCUAAAAUCCAAAAACUCAGGAUGCACGUUAAUGCAAAGUGUAAAGAGGAUCAGGUAAAAAUGUGUCUGUCUGUUAAUGACAGAUUGUUUGGGUGAACUUUAGUGACCUUUUAUCCCCCGGCCCACUUCCACUCGAGCGGAGCUGCUGGUUGAUGAGUGAUUGACAGAUCGAGCUCGCUGACCUCCAAAAGCCUGCGUUCUCAUAAUUGAGCCCCAACCUCCACAACACUCGUCAUUCCUGCAAAUAGUAGCUGAAAAGGGCAGAUUAAGUCUUUCUGCUUCCGAAUGUUGCGUGGGCUGUGAAAGGAAAUGAUGUACAGCGAAGGAAAAGAACCAACAGUAUUCAUUCAUGUCGAUGUUGUUAUAUAUUGAUUAUUUUGUACAGAAUGUAUAUCAAGCAUGUGCAUACAUUGAAAUCAGUUUUACUACCAAUAUGAUACAGUACAACUUUGAUGUGAAUGUUUUAGGCUCUAAGUGUAAUUUUUUAUUUUGAUUUUUUUUUAAUCAUCCCCACAUACUGAUUAAGAUAGAAGCAGGGCAGCUCACAUUUAGGUGUUGUUUCUGGGCAGCAUAUCAAGCACAGCCUCCACUAAACCCUGUUUCCUCGGCAGACCCUGGACAAGACAUCGCAUAUGUAGAGAUAACUCCCUCUGGUCAUUCUGUAUUCAGUUUUAAAUCAAUUUAAAUUCCUAUCUAGACAUCAAGGUUAGAAUUAUUUCCCCAGAUGUCCAUAGUUUAUUCUGCACAAACUAGAAAUAAUAGCCCGAAACUCUGCCAUAAUUGCCCAGUUUUAACCAGGUUUCAUAAAAUGUAGUUACAUCAGUAAUUAAGUCGUUGCUGACCGACCGUAAUAACAGACUAGGAAGCUCUUUGGAGUUUUCAAGGCUCAGUAAACACAGAGCACCAUUUUUAAGAUGACAAAUACGUAACUGGUGACAUGGUAAAAACACUAUUUAGUAUUUCAGAGCAGCUCAUAAAUGGUAUGGCAGCGCAGACAAGCAAAUAUAAGGACAUUUUACGUGUUUUAAAUGAAUUUGAUAACAGCUUUAACUUCUCUAAGAAGCAUCCACAGCUGCUGUAUUAAUGAAUACUUUGUAGCAUAUCUUGACAUGAUUGCAGUUUUAUAUAAAGACAAAGUUUUUAUUCGGUUGUUGAUUUUACCCCUAGAAAGUCAUGUCUGUCUAUCAAAAUGGCAGAUUUUGGGUGUUUUUUCAUUGACGGUAUUCCUUUACUGCCUUAAAAUGACUUUGAUGUAACUCUAAACCACUGAUUCCUCUAGAAUUUGUUCCUUCCUUUCGUAGCUGGAGCACUCCAGAGAAACUAUGAUACUGAAAGCCCCAACCUGAAAACUGAUUUUUAUCCUUUAAGCAUAAACAAAAACAUUAAAUAAAUACAAUAUGGAGAUAUUAACAAAGUAAAGAACUUAAUUUUCGCCAAAGGAAGUCUUAAAAGACAUUCAUAAAGCUGUAAAGACUUUAAAACCUCCUUGUGAAUGUAAUGUUAUGAUUACACCAUGGAUGCUUCAAAGGAGAAGAUAUAAUUACACUUGAAAUGUCUUUACAUCAGCUUCUAUCUGCAUUAACGUGUUAUACACCAUUUAGGAAAUGUUUACAUACUGCCUGUCAGUGCUAAAUAGUCUGGGUGAAAUAGUUUUACGUGCUUUCCAGGCAGCAGCUUGGUAUUUUCUCUUCUAAUUGUGCACCUACAGUCCUGGUCUGGGCCAUUACAAUGUUUACCCUGAAGGCACUGAUGCAUAACUCCAUAUUUUAAAUCCCCAACUGGGUAUGUCAGUGUUUAGUCUUAACCAGUCGAUCACGAAGACCAGCUCCUGUAAAACAGCGUAAAUGGCUGCAGUCUGUUUCAUCUCAUCGUUAUUGGAAAUGUAAACCAAACCGUAAAUCUUCAGACAGUGAGACCCGAAGAAGCUUUAAAGCCGCCCCACGUUUCAACAUUAUCGCUCAGACUGAAUUUCUAAAAGUAUGUCUCUGAGAUUCCAGUCGAGGCGCCGUAAAACGUGCACCAUUAGGAAGAAUUCACGAUGCUGUCCAGUUCCACUAGGUAAUAAUAAUGUUUACAUUUGAGAAGGUCUGCUGUUGUAAAGGUGCUCGAGGAUCCUUAAUCAUGUGUGAGUUAAAACACAAUCCCUAACUUCAGACUCGAGCCGUAAUCAGUCUGAUGCUGCUGUCGUCUUGAAUCUUUUCUCAGUCGUGGUAAAAUUAACCGUAAGUUGCUGCACAGUGUCACGCUAUACUCUUUAAAUGUAGGAACUGUCAGAACAAAUGGAUUCAUUUUGUGCUCAAAGCAGCAAAGACCCAGAACUGGAUUUUUUUCUUUUUCACAUGAGCUCUAAACACCUUUGACUGUAUGUUUGACAUAAACAAUUCAUCAAGUUAUACAACGAUGUUACACAUUAUAUCUCCAGAACAGCUACUGUUAAAACUGUGUAUAGUGGUUUUUUGUAUAUAAAGAUUCCUGAAAAAUCA